GGGCCCGCUAUUUAUUGCCGACCAUUCGCCAAUCUGGUUAACGAUCCCGAUCCUCCCUGCCCUUCCAAUCUGUCGCUCGGCUGUCCCCAAGCACCAGUCUCCAUCUCGAACUCGCUCCCCUCCGUCGCUCAUCCAGAUGGCAUCCCCCGGGUACCAGCGCUUCGAGGAUAAGGCGAACCAGAGCGCCUCCACCUCCUAUGCUCCCGGCGGCCUUCCCUUGGCCAACCGCUAUACCCGCCAGAAGACCGUCCGAACCGUGCCCCUCCAGGCCAACGGUACCUUUGUCGUCCAGGUCCCGCUGGCCAGUGCCCACAUCAACAAUUGUCCCAUCACUUCUGGCGAUGAGUUUACCAAGCUAAGGUACAGCGCCAUCGUCGGCGACCCAAACAACUUCUCGGACAAGUACGAUCUGCAAGUGCGGCGACUUGGCAGAAGCACAAAGAUCGCCGUGGUGGCCACCAUGUACAACGAAGACGACGUUGCCUUCUGUCGAUCCAUCGAAGCCGUCUUCCGGAACAUCGCCUAUCUGUGCAGCAGCGACUGUCCCGGAGGUGGCCUCGGCCCUGACGGCUGGAAGGACAUUGUCCUCUGCAUCGUCUCGGACGGCCGCACCAAGAUUAGCUCCGAGGUCAUCAACGUGCUGGGCUCCAUGGGACUGUACAUGGAGGGUCUGACCAAGAGCUCCGUCAACGGCACAGACGUUGCCGCGCACAUGUUUGAGGGCACUUGCCAGCGCUGUAUCAACACUGAUAUGGAAUACUGCGAUGAAAUGGUCCCGGUCCAGACCAUCUUCCUGCUCAAGGAGAAGAACGCCAAGAAGAUCAACUCGCACCGCUGGUUCUUCAACGGCAUUUGCAAGAUCCUCGAUCCGGAAAUCUGCGUCUUGCUCGACAUUGGAACGCGCCCCACUCGCCAGUCGUUCUACCAUCUGUACAAUGCAUUCUUGCGCAACGAGCAGGUUGGCGGAGCCUGUGGUGAAAUCGCCGCCGAGCUCGGCCCCUGGAUGAAGAACCUGCUCAACCCCCUGGUCGCCACCCAGAACUUUGAGUACAAGAUGUCCAACAUUCUGCAGAAACCAAUGGAGUCUGUCUUUGGCUACAUCUCGGUGCUGCCAGGCGCCUUCUCGGCCUACCGUUACCGCGCCAUCGAAGGCAAACCCCUGGACUGCUACUUCAAGGGCGAAACCACGGGCGAAGUCGCCGAUAUUUUCUCGGCCAACAUGUACCUUGCCGAGGAUCGUAUUCUGUGCUUCGAGCUGGUCACCAAAAAGAAUGAGCGAUGGCUGCUGGAGUAUGUGAAAUCUGCCAAGGCCGAGACGGACGUGCCCACGGACCUGCCCGAGCUGAUCUCGCAGCGCCGUCGCUGGCUCAACGGCUCCUUCUUUGCUGCCGUCCACGCCCUCCAGAACUUUUACCACAUUGGAGACUCGGGGCACAACCAAGGCCGCAAGAUAGCGUUGUACGUCCAGGCGUUCUACAACGCCGUCAACUUGCUGUUUUCUUGGUUCUCCCUCGGCACCUUCUACCUCGCCUUUUACUUUAUCUUUGAUGUCGCCAACGGCCAGUCCACUGGCAACGGCCUCGAUCCGCCCGGUCUCAAGGGGUACGAUCUGUACUACCCAUAUGGAAGCGUCGUUUUCUCGGUCGUCAACGCCGUUUACGUCGGCGUCAUCUCCAUGAUCUUCAUCUCGGCCCUCGGCAACCGUCCCCAAGGCAGCAAGUGGCUGUACUGGUCCUGUGUCCUGAUCUUCACCGUCAUCAUGAUCAUGAUGCUCGUCAACAGCGGGUGGUGCAUCUAUGUGGCGAUCCGCGAUAUGGAAGCAGCCCAGACGGCGGCCAUCAAGGCCAACCAGUCAUUCAACUCAUUCAGCUACUUCUUCACCAACAAGACCUUCCGCGACAUGGUCACUUCGCUCGUUUCGACCUACGGCCUAUACAUUGCCACGUCCGUCAUCCACCUGGACCCCUGGCACUGCGUCACCUCGAUGGUGCAGUACGUUCUGCUCCUCCCCAUGUACAUCAACAUCUUCACGAUCUAUGCAUUCACCAACCUGCACGACGUCUCGUGGGGUACCAAGGGUGACAACGUUGCCAGCUCCGCCGGCGAUGCGGUCAAGGCUACUAAGGGCGCCGACGGCAAGCAAGUGGCUACUGUCGAUAUUCCUGAUGAGAAGGAGGAUCUUGAAACCCAACUGCGGCGUUUCCAUCAGGAAUUGGAGCGCCAGAAGAACAAGGAAGAAGAGGCACCUGCAAAGCAGGACGUCAAGACCCAACAGGACGACUUUUUCAAGCUGUUCCGUACCCGAGUUGUGCUUUUGUGGCUCGUCUGCAACGGCAUCCUCGUCGGCCUCUUCACCAACAGGUCGUUCAUCGGAGCGGUCUUCCCGAACCAAGUCGCAGCGCAGGUUAAUCCCUUCCUGACCUUCAUCUUCUGGGCCAUGACCUUCAUGAGCGCGAUCCAGUUCAUCUUCAGCACAUUGUAUAUGGUCCAGUGGGCCAGCAAGACUGCCUCUCGCUCGGGUCUGCGCAACGUCCUGAAGGGAGAAGUCUGAAUGUACUCUUUGACCGGGGCAAUGAGGGGGGGGGUGGGGCUGAAGACGUGUUUUGCUUCCGGCCGAUGCCUGUUCUGUAGACUCGGAGUCAUUGCAAAAGUCACACCGCCAUCUCUCUUGGCGGCUCGCCCACGAUGCCUGUGACUGCACACCACAUACUGAGUCAGCAGGCCCCACACUGGGCUCGUAUACCGCAUACUGGACUCGUAGACCUGGCCUGGGUCCAUGGAUUACAGCGUUUCCAAAAUGAAAUGGGACUACCCCCGUUUUUAACCAGCACAGGAUUUUUUCUGGAACCUGAAUAUACACUAUGAA